AUGGAAGAGCCAAGGAUACCCACACACUCCAGUUACGGUACAUCGAAUAUGGACAAUUAUAAAGAAUCGUCUGAGCGUAAAUUGCAAGCAGCAGAAGAUUUACUUUUGUUUAGUCGAGGUAAUUCGACAACUAACAAUAUUCAAGAAAGAAUAUCUUGUUCUCAAGAACAUGAUAUAUCUCUAAAACCAAAGAAACCACAUCCAAAAUUUAGAAAGUAUGUAACUAAUGAGCAUGAACUACAAUCUUCAUCCUCGUUUAAUAAUCUUGUUUCAUCGUCUCCCGAUUCUGCCUCAAUUAUUUCCAAUACGUCAAGGUCAUCACCGCCAAUCAAUUCAUUAUUUCACCAAAUGACAUUGACUGCCAGUGAACCUAUAGCUGUACAGCAGCAACAACAAGCAUUAAUCUCAUCCACUGAUCUCUUAUACUCAUCUCGUAACAUAAGACAAGAUUUAUCAUCCCCAUCAUCCGAUGGCCCAACGGACAGUGACAGUGAUUUUUAUUCUCAUCAAACCGAUGACAAUUCGUGUUCAUCAUUAUCAUAUCAUUCUUCAUCGUCUCCAACGUCUCCUUCUUCUGAACAGUCUUCCAAUGAUUGCCAUAUUUUGUACAUUAAUAUUAACGGCCAAUACAUCCCGAUUGCAACAACAACAUUUCCUCUUCAAACAGAAAUCUUAACGCAACCAAUAACUCUUAUUCCACCACAAUCGCCAUUACUAUCGGUCAGUAAUCAAAUCAACAAGAAUACUUCAGAACCACCACUUCCACUACUACCACAAACACAACAUGGUCCUUCAACAGUGGAACCAACCAAUCAAUCCUCCAAUAGAAAGAAAAAUUAUGUUUGUUCACACAAUGGAUGUAAAAAAGCUUAUUAUAAAAGUUCACAUUUGAAAGUGCAUAUGCGAUUGCAUACGGGUGAAAAACCAUUUCGUUGUUCGUGGUCAGAUUGCCAUAAAACAUUUGCACGUUCCGAUGAAUUAUCUCGUCAUCGUCGAACUCAUACGGGUGAAAAAAAUCAUGUUUGUACAAAAUGUCAAAAAGCAUUUAUGCGUAGUGAUCAUUUAGCCAAACAUUAUAAACGUCAUUCAACAUCAUGA